UCGAUUCAUCGCUCUAAAAUUUUUCAUUAUAGAUAAUCUCUAAAUAAGUAGUUAAUUAACGUUAUUUGAAAACUUUUUUCGUUUUGUCGUUUCCGUUUUAUUAGACCAAUUCAGAAAUUUGAAGACGCGGAAAGCUGAAAAAUUGAACAAGAUGGUCAGAAUAUCGUCAACUCAGGAGCUGGAUGUUGUUGAUGAUGAUAAGAAUCGUGAAAGAGAAAGUACUUUCAAGGAUCGGAUUGGUCUUUUGCCUGAUCAUAUUCUUAUAACCAUUCUAGUCCACUUGACCCUUAAGGAAAGGGCGAGGGUAAGUGCAGUGUGUAAGAGGUGGAGACCUUUGUUUGCAUAUACAAGUUCCUUGAACUUUGAUGGUUUAGAAGUUCUUUUUCAAUGUUUCCCUAGUCACAAAUUGGUGCUCGAAAAGAGGCCUUGUUUCAUAGAUUGGGUGAGUCAGAUCCUGAAAUUACACAAGGCUACCAUCAUUGAUGAGUUUAUGAUUCGUUUUGAUCUUGAUAAAACCUCUGCAAAUGAGAUUGACAAUUGGCUUCACUUUGCAUUAUCAAGGAGAGUUCAAAGACUUGAAUUUAACUUCGAUUCCAAGGUUAUACCUGAAGUUUCAAGGUGCUAUACCUUGUCGAUGGCACAUGCUGGCUCCUCUUGCAUUAAGUCCUUAACCUCCGUAUCCUUGACGAAUGUAGAUGUAACUGCUGAAGUUCUCGAGCACUUCCUCUCUAACUGUCCUAAUCUUGAGCGACUGCUUGUGAAUAGGUCAGUGUCUCUAUUGAGUCUUAAAGUUGCAGGUCCAUCACCCUUCCGGCUGAAGCAUCUGGAAAUACAAUACUGCCAAGAUUUCGGACAACUGGAAAUAUGUGCGCCAAAUCUUGUUUAUUUUGGAUACCUUGGCCGAAAGAUGAGAUUGCAUAUCGUACAUGCUCCCUCACUUAUCCAUGUAUAUCUUUCUUACUAUUGUUUGGACAGUCCAACUUUCGUAUUGCUCCAACUUUUAAGCUUCUUUUCUCAGCUACAGAUUCUUCAUUUGGAUUUUUCCACAAUAUUACAGAUGCCAAAUAUACCCGAACUGACUAAUUUAAAGCAUUUAGUAAUAGGAGGAUGUGCGGAUUCCCAUGAUAGUCUGCUUUGGAUAGAUCCUCUGUUAAAGGCAUGUCCUAGCUUGCAGAAACUUAGUUUACGGUUGAUGAUAAGUAAGGCUAUGUUGUUCCACCAGAAAGGGUUUCGUUUGACGAAGGAAAAACCGACAAUCAUCAAAACCCCGCAUCAAAGUCUCAAGAUAGUGGAAAUUAUGGGAUUUGUCGGAUAUACGAUUGACUUUCAAUUUUUAUAUUAUAUUUUUGAGACAGCCAUCGUGCUCGAGAAACUCAUAAUCGAUCGCAGGAAGCCUUACAGUUUAGGAACUCCAUGGGAGUUCGAGGAAGAUAAGGAGAAGCAAGACGCACUGCAGCGCGCUCUGCAAUUAAAAAGAAUAAUUCCUGCAAGCGUUGAAGUAGUUAUUAUUUAGUUUUAUAAUUAUUCCAAUCUUAUGGUUUUGGUUUGGUGUAAUCUUAUAGUUUUAUAAUUAUUACAGAGCUUAUGGACCAGAACUGCACGGUUUUGAAGGAGCAUUGCAUCUGGUUUUUGAUUUUAA